AUGAUUUCUAAUCUAAGUGGCAUUUAUCUUGAUAAUCAACUAUUUAGUCGACCAACUCGAAAUAUUACUAACAAUCAAAAUGAAAUGAAAAUAGUUUCUGAAAUCAACGAAACAAAUCCUUGCAAUGGUUUAUAUAUAAAAACAAAUGGAACAACAUGUGGUCUCAAAGAUAUAAUGAUUGGUCGUUGUUAUGAAUAUCAAUAUAUAACAAAUUGUACAAACCUUUAUGAAUUAUUUGAAUCAGCUAUUCGUUAUAAACCAUAUUGUAGUAUGAAUUUAAGUACAUAUGAAAAUUAUUUUCAACACUCAUUUGAUGGUAUACAAGUGAUUGAUAAAGCAAUGUUUUGGAGUGGUACAUAUGCUGUGGCUCAUACAUAUAGUAAUCAUGGUAUUAAUUAUAUAACACUAGAAGAUACGCUAGCAGCAGCUAUGGUUAGUGGUUUAACAUGGUGUGGAAAAGAUAAUGAUAGUGAAGGUUUUGAUUAUGUCAGCUGUCCAAAUAAUUGUGAAGAUAAUCUUUGGGCUGAUGAUGCUUUUUGGGGUGUUGCAUCAAAAACGUUUGCACAAAAAGCUGCUGGUGAAAUUUAUCUCGUUUUAAAUGGAAGUCAAAGUAAUGAUCACGCAUCAUUUCGUAAUAAUUCUUAUUUUGCAAAAUAUGAAUUGCCAAAUCUUCAACGAACAGGUCAAUAUCGAGUAACAAAACUAAAUGUUUUACUUUUACAUUCACCUGAUCGAAAAGUUGUUGAAAAAUGCGGUGAAAAUAGUUUAAUUACUUUAGAAACUAUUGUUCGAAAUUAUCAAAUUGAAUAUAUAUGUAAAGAUGAUCCAGAAGAAUUAAUUUUAAUCAUGUGUAGUAAUGAAUGGGAAGCACGUGAAUGUCAAUUAGCACGACAAGUCUUAAGAAAAGAAUGGGAUCAAAAACUUUUUGGAAAGUCAAAUAGUAAUUAUCAUUCUGUAUCAUUUUUAUUUUUAUUUUUUCUUUUACUUAAUUAUUUUACUCAAAAAAAUUCUUCUGAUUUAUUUUAA